GAAGCAUGAACUGGCAGCGGAGGUGCUGCUCCCCGCCGCCGCCUCCCCGCCGGUGAGAGCGAGGAGGGAGGGAAGAUGGGGGCCGUCCUGCGCAGCCUACUCGCCUGCAGUUUUUGUUCCCUGAUGCGAGCCGCCCCGCUGCUGCUGUACGCGAACCGCCGGGACCUGCGGCUGGUGGACGCCGCCCACGGCAAGGAGAACGCCACGGUGAUCGUGGGGGGCCUGGAGGACGCGGCCGCCGUGGACUUCGUGUUCCUCAAGGGCUUGAUUUACUGGAGCGAUGUGAGCGAGGAAGCCAUCAAACGGACGGAGUUCAAUCAAUCCGGGAGCGUACAGAACGUGGUCGUUUCUGGACUUCUGUCGCCCGACGGGCUGGCCUGCGACUGGCUGGGGGAGAAGUUGUACUGGACGGAUUCGGAAACAAAUCGCAUCGAGGUUUCUAACUUAGAUGGGUCGCUGAGGAAAGUUUUGUUUUGGCAAGAGUUGGAUCAACCCAGAGCGAUCGCCUUAGAUCCUGCGAGAGGGUUCAUGUACUGGACAGACUGGGGAGAAGUGCCAAAGAUAGAACGAGCUGGGAUGGAUGGUUCGAGCCGCUCCGUUAUCGUUAACACGGACAUAUAUUGGCCAAAUGGACUGACGCUGGAUUACGAGGAACAGAAACUCUAUUGGGCAGAUGCAAAACUGAAUUUCAUCCACAAAUCCAAUCUGGAUGGAAGUCAUAGGCAGGCAGUGGUUAAAGGCUCCCUUCCACAUCCCUUUGCUUUGACACUGUUUGGGGACACGUUGUACUGGACUGACUGGAACACGCAUUCGAUCUUGGCCUGCAGCAAGUACUCCGGGGAGAACCUGCGUGAAAUACAUUCCAACAUCUUCUCUCCCAUGGAUAUCCAUGCCUUCAGCCAGAAGAGGCAGCCAAAUGCUACAAACCCAUGUGGAAUUAAUAAUGGUGGCUGCUCCCACUUGUGUUUGAUGUCUCCUACCAAGCCCUCUUAUCAGUGUGCAUGUCCCACUGGUGUGAAACUUCUCGAGAAUGGAAAGACCUGCAAAGAUGGUGCCACUGCGCUGCUGCUCCUGGCCCGCCGCACGGACCUGAGGCGCAUUUCCUUGGACACCCCCGAUUUCACGGACAUCGUGCUGCCGCUGGAGGACAUCCGCCACGCCAUCGCCAUCGACUUCGAUCCUCUGGAGGGCUACAUCUACUGGACGGACGACGAAGUGAGGGCCAUCCGCCGCGCCUUCCUCGACGGCUCGGGCGGCCAGUUCGUGGUCACCGCGCAGAUCGCGCACCCCGACGGCAUCGCCGUGGACUGGGUGGCCCGCAACCUCUACUGGACCGACACCGGCACGGACCGCAUCGAAGUCACCAGGCUGAACGGGACCAUGAGGAAAAUCUUGAUAUCCGAAGACCUGGAAGAGCCCAGAGCUAUUGUGCUGGAUCCCAUGGUCGGUUAUAUGUACUGGACUGACUGGGGAGAAAUCCCGAAGAUUGAGAGGGCAGCAUUGGAUGGCUCAGACAGAAUUGUGCUGGUGAACACCUCGCUCGGCUGGCCAAAUGGCUUGGCACUGGAUUAUGCAGAAAGCAAAAUAUACUGGGGAGAUGCCAAGACAGACAAAAUAGAGGUCAUGAAUGCUGAUGGAACUGGUAGGAGAGUGCUGGUGGAGGACAAGCUGCCUCAUAUAUUUGGAUUCACUCUGUUGGGAGACUACAUUUACUGGACAGACUGGCAAAGGCGCAGCAUUGAGCGUGUGCACAAGUGCACGGCAGAGAGAGAGAUCAUCAUCGAUCAGCUGCCCGACCUGAUGGGCCUGAAAGCCACCAACGUCCACCAGAUCACCGGUACAAACCCCUGCGCAGAGGACAACGGCGGCUGCAGCCACCUGUGCCUGUACCGACCGCAAGGGCUGCGCUGCGCCUGCCCCAUCGGCCUGGAGCUCAUCAGCGACAUGAAGACCUGCAUCGUGCCAGAAGCUUUCCUGCUCUUUUCCAGGAGAGCAGACAUCAGGCGCAUCUCUCUAGAAACCAACAAUAACAACGUCGCUAUUCCGCUCACCGGCGUCAAGGAAGCUUCCGCUCUGGAUUUUGAUGUGACGGACAAUCGCAUUUACUGGACUGACAUUUCACUGAAGACCAUCAGCAGAGCGUUUAUGAACGGCAGCGCGCUGGAACACGUCGUGGAGUUCGGCUUGGAUUAUCCCGAGGGCAUGGCUGUGGACUGGCUGGGGAAGAACCUGUACUGGGCUGACACGGGCACCAACCGGAUCGAGGUGUCCAAGCUGGACGGGCAGCACCGCCAGGUGCUCGUGUGGAAAGAUCUCGACAGUCCCCGGGCACUGGCACUGGACCCUGCCGAGGGGUUCAUGUACUGGACUGAGUGGGGCGGCAAACCAAAGAUUGACAGAGCUGCUAUGGAUGGCAGUGAGAGGACCACGCUGGUCCCAAACGUGGGCCGUGCCAACGGCCUGACCAUUGACUACGCCAAGAGGCGCCUGUACUGGACCGACCUGGACACCAACCUGAUAGAAUCCUCCAACAUGUUAGGCCUUGACCGUGAGACCAUAGCUGACGAUUUGCCUCACCCCUUUGGCCUGACCCAGUACCAGGAUUACAUUUACUGGACAGACUGGAGCCGGCGCAGCAUCGAGCGGGCCAACAAGACCAGCGGGCAGAACCGAACCAUCAUCCAGGGCCACCUGGAUUACGUCAUGGACAUCCUGGUCUUCCACUCCUCCAGGCAGGCAGGCUGGAACGAGUGUGCCUCCAGCAACGGGCACUGCUCUCACCUGUGCCUGGCGGUCCCCGUGGGAGGGUUUGUCUGCGGCUGCCCAGCUCACUACUCCCUGAACUCCGACAACAGGACCUGCAGCGCUCCUACCACCUUCCUGUUGUUCAGCCAGAAGAACGCCAUUAACCGCAUGGUGAUAGACGAGCAGCAGAGCCCGGACAUCAUCCUGCCCAUCCACAGCCUCCGCAACGUCCGCGCCAUCGAUUACGACCCCCUGGAGAAGCAGCUGUACUGGAUCGACUCACGGCAGAAUGUCAUCAGGAAGGCACAGGAGGAUGGCAGCCAGAGCCUCACUGUUGUGACAAGCCCGGUUCCCAAUCAGAACCUGGAUAUGCAGCCCUACGACCUGAGCAUUGACAUCUACAGCCGCUACAUCUACUGGACCUGUGAGGCCACCAACGUCAUCAACGUGACUCGCCUGGACGGGAGACCCAUGGGAGUGGUGCUCAAGGGGGAUCAGGAUCGGCCCAGAGCCAUCGUGGUGAACCCAGAGAAAGGAUACAUGUAUUUCACCAACCUCCAGGAGAGAUCUCCUAAAAUUGAGAGAGCAGCAUUGGAUGGAACCGAGCGAGAAGUCCUUUUUUUCAGUGGCUUGAGCAAGCCCAUCGCCUUAGCUAUUGACAGCCAGCUGGGCAAGUUGUUCUGGGCUGACUCAGAUCUGCGCAGAAUUGAGAGCAGUGACCUUUCAGGUGCUAACCGGAUCGUUUUGGAGGACUCCAAUAUCUUGCAGCCCGUGGGGCUAACAGUGUUUGAGAACUGGCUCUACUGGAUCGACAGGCAGCAGCAGAUGAUUGAGAAGAUUGACAUGACGGGCCGAGAAGGACGUACAAAGGUCCAGGCUCGUAUUGCGCAGCUCAGUGACAUCCACGCUGUGAAGGAGCUCAACCUGCAGGAAUACAGACAGCAUCCUUGCUCUCAAGAUAACGGUGGCUGCUCCCACAUUUGCAUUGUGAAGGGGGACGGCACCACGCGCUGCUCUUGCCCCGUGCACCUGGUGCUGCUGCAGGAUGAGCUGUCCUGUGGAGAGCCACCAACAUGCUCCCCUCAGCAGUUCACCUGUUUCACAGGUGAGAUUGACUGCAUCCCGGUGGCGUGGCGCUGCGACGGGUUCACGGAGUGCGAGGACCACAGCGACGAGAAGAACUGCCCCGUGUGCUCUGACAGCCAGUUCCAGUGCGAGAGCGGGCAGUGCAUCGACGGCGCCCUGCGCUGCAACGGGGAAGCCAAUUGCCAGGACAACUCGGACGAGAAGAACUGCGAAGUGCUGUGUUUAACGGAUCAGUUCCGCUGUGCCAGUGGGCAGUGCAUUGGGAAAAGCAAGAAGUGUGAUCACAACCUGGACUGCAGUGACAGCUCUGAUGAGCAAGGAUGCUACACAACGGAGGAACCUGCACCACAGCCCAACAACACCAUAGGCUCCAUCAUUGGUGUGAUCCUGACGGUCUUUGUGGUGGGAGCAAUGUACUUCAUCUGCCAGAGGGUGCUGUGCCCACGCAUGAAGGGCGAUGGGGAAACCAUGACCAACGACUACGUGGUGCACGGGCCGGCCUCGGUGCCUCUGGGCUACGUGCCCCACCCAAGCUCUCUGUCGGGGUCUCUCCCUGGUAUGUCUCGAGGUAAAUCUGUCAUCAGCUCCCUCAGCAUCAUGGGAGGGAGCAGUGGCCCACCCUAUGACAGGGCCCACGUUACAGGAGCUUCCUCCAGCAGUUCUUCAAGUACCAAAGGCACUUACUUUCCUCCAAUUUUGAACCCACCACCAUCACCAGCUACUGAGCGUUCACACUAUACCAUGGAAUUUGGUUAUUCUUCAAACAGCCCAUCCACUCACAGAUCCUACAGCUACCGGCCCUACAGCUACCGGCACUUCGCGCCGCCCACCACGCCCUGCAGCACGGACGUGUGCGACAGCGACUACGCGCCCAGCCGCCGCGUCCCCGCGGCCGCCAAGGGCUACACCAGCGACCUCAACUACGACUCGGAGCCGGUGCCGCCGCCGCCCACGCCGCGCAGCCAGUACCUGUCGGCCGAGGAGAACUGCGAGAGCUGCCCGCCGUCCCCUUACACCGAGCGCAGCUACUCCCACCACCUGUACCCACCGCCGCCGUCCCCCUGCACCGACUCCUCCUGAGGGGCAGCCCCCCGCCCCGCGCCCGCCGCUCGGCGCUGUAAAUACGGAAGGUUCCGCUGGGGACGGGGGGGAGGGAGCCGAGCAUGGGGGAGGAGGAGGAGCG